AUGCUCUUACACAAUAAUACAAUUGCCACUGCUGGUUUUCUCUCAACGACAGAAUCUCCAUCGUCAACAACAAGUGUCUAUUCUCAUCAAACAAAUCUACCAACAACAUCAACAAAUCAAUAUUUUCAAAAUUUUCCACCACCUUGGAUUCAACAAUAUAAUAAUCAACGAUUAUUUAAUCAACAAUUUUUUGUACGAGAGAUAAUGUCUGAUGAUGAUAAUGAUGAUGGUGGUGAUGGUAAGAUAGUUUGA